AUGAGCGCAUUUUUAUGUGGAGGAUGCGCAAAACCGAUCGCCAAUGAGGAUAUUUCAAAAAAAAAAGUCGUUUGGCUGCUGAAUCGUUUGUGGCAUUUUGAGCAUCUCAAAUGCAUUUUUUGCAAGGCGAAUUUGAAGGCGAAUCGCGUUUUUCAAUCCAAUGUCGAUCGAUUUGAGCCGUGCUGCUUUGAUUGCCAUAUGCAGACGAGGCAUCCAGCGUGUGCCGAAUGCUGCGAGCCGCUGUUCGAGUCCGGCUAUCGCGCCGUCGGUCGCUAUUUCCAUCGAAAGUGUUUCAAGUGUGUCGCCUGCUCGAAACCCGUCGCCAAAGGUGGUCGUUGUAUAUUUUGCCAUUUCUCCACCCUUUAG